AUGAGUUUAGACGUUUUUAAAAGCACUUAUACUCAAAACAAGGAUAAAAUAUACCGUACAGCUAUAAUUUUAAUUUAUUCAUGCUACUGGAUAUUUGGUUUUUCUCCAUUUACCAAAAACUAUAAAAUCUAUCAAGUAUUUAUAAUAUUAUGGUGUUGCGAAAUUGUCUGGUCUACUUAUCUCGCCAUUAACUAUCAUAUAUUUGGAGAUGGACAUAGUCUUGAUGAUUUAGUAAGUUUCAUACUAUAUUUUGCUCAUGUACUGGGUCACUUGGUGGCAUUGGCGGAAUCAUUUAGUAUGCGACAAGAACGUAUAGCAUUAGUUCAACAUUUUAAAAAGAUAUCAAUGAAUUUAAAAGAAGUGCUAAAAAAACCUCAAUAUGCCGGCUUAUCCGUUAUGAAAAUGUGCUACACAAUUUUGGAAAUUAUAAUACUGUUAACUUGUGGUCAUGGCAUAAUUAUGUGGACAACCUUCAAGACUAAAUCUCCAGCUGGUCUAUUGUAUUGGCGCUCACUACAAAGCUACUUAGCUUUACAAAUUAAAACUUUGGAAUUUUUAACACCUAUAGUACGAUUAAGUCAUUACACUUUAGUGAUACGUAAAACACUUAAUCAAAUGGGAGAACGUAACUUAAGAAGAGUUUUUAAAGUUUUAAAUAAAUAUGAAGAAUCGGAUGUAAUUAUGGUAGCAACUGUUAAUGAGGAGGUAGAAGAUGAAAAACUUUUGAUUAAACUAAAAAAUUGUUACAAUGAGAUUUAUGCUACAAUACAAAUGUUUAACAUAGCCUAUGGUUGGUCUAUGCUGGCAUCGACGGCAGUGUUUUUUGUAGAUUUUGUUAGUAAUUCCUAUUGGAUUUUAUUGGCUGUUUUAAGUCAAGGCAGAGACUAUUAUGGUCUUUUACAAAAUGCUGCCUUUGCUUUAUUAGCUUUUAUUUUACUAACUUUAAUAUGUUGGUAUGCUGAAGCAUGUUAUUAUGAGAGUCGUUAUAUUGGUUGUUUAAUCUCGAAAUUAGUUAAACCUUUGGGUAAUAAAUUCUACAACGAUUUGGUUAGUGAGUUUUCGGUACAGACUUUACAUCAGCGUUUUAUUAUAACGGCUAAGGAGUUUUUUAGCUUGAAUUUAAGUCUAUUGGGAAGUAUGGUUGCUGCUAUUGUUACUUAUUUGGUUAUACUCAUACAGUUUAUGUUUACCGAGAAAAGUAAUAAUGAAAGUAAAUUAACCACCAAAACUGGCCUUGUAACCUCAACAACACCAUCUACAAAUACAUCUGCCUUUGACAUUAUAAAUAAUACAAAUAUAUCUGCUUAUUCGCUAAUUUUAAAAGGUUUAAUUGAUAAUGUUACCGCAAAAGUAAAUAAUUCUUUCAAUUGA